UCUUGCUUCCCUCCUCUCCCGCAGCCUCGGUCGAAGAAGCGUCGUCCGACGUUCCGCCGCCUGUUGAAGACGAGCGGUGUGAAGCUGGAGAACAAACUGAAGAACCGUCAGCUGAAGCAGCAGAACGUCGCCAAAAAACAACGUAAAGAGCAGAAGAGGCUGAGACAGGCAGUGAAGGAUGCUGCCAUCCGGACACCCCGCCCACUGGAGACGUACAGGAAGAGACCGGAGGAAGAGGAGGAUGAGGAGUUUCUGGAGACUCUGCCCACAGACAUGAUGGAGGACGACGACCUGCAGCGGAUGACCGCCAUGGCUCGACAGGCAUCCUUCAUCACCAGAGACCUGUCAUCAUGUGGGCCGGUGCACAGUGGGAAGAAGCGGAGCUCGGAGGUCGUUCACAGCUAUGAAAAGGUUCCCAGGAAGAUGGUGAGGACGGAGGAGAAGGAGGUCAUCCACCUGCUGCCAAUCAAAGACAAGACAGGAGUCAUUCCCCAGACUGUAGAGAGAGUCAUCAAACAUCAGAAGGGAGAAGAGGAGGAGGAAGCAGCUGACGAACGAGAGGAGCCAGAGAACGAGGGGGAGCCAGAGAGUGUUGUAGAACUGACAGCGGAGCAGAGGGAGCGACUCAGAGUUCAGAUAAUAAACCAGAAGAAGCUGCUCAUCGCAAACCUGGCGUCAGCCGUCAUCUCUGACCCGUUCAGUAACAUCAAGAGGCUGAAGGAGCUGCGGGGGAUGCUGAUGGAGCCUGACCCCUGCGUGGCGGUGACAGUCAGGAAGCUGGUAAUGGUUUCUCUCAUGGAAAUCUUUAAAGACAUCGCCCCCACCUACAGGAUCCGCCCCCUGACCGCCGCCGAGAAGGGCGUUAAGGUGAAGAAGGAGACUCAGCGUCUCAGAGAGUUUGAGGAAGGUUUAGUGAGUCAAUACAAGUUUUACCUGGAGGACCUGGAACAGACCAUCAAAGACUGGAAGCAGAAGAAGAAGAAGCGUUCACAGGUUGUGAGUCUUCAGUCGUACCAGAGUCUCGCUCACGUGUCGGUUCGUUGUCUGUGUGAGCUGCUGCUUGCUCUGCCGCACUUCAACUUCCACAAUAAUAUCGUCGUCGUCCUCGUGCCGCUGAUGAACGAUCCCGCCAAGCAGGUGUCAGACAUGUGUUGUGAUGCGUUCAGGAAACUCUUCCAGGAGGACAAACUGGGCGGGGCAUCAUUGGCAGCAGUCAGAGUAGUCUCUGGACUUGUAAAGAGUCUAAACUACAACAUCAGACCUGAAGUGCUGCGGACACUGCUCAGUCUGAGGAUUCAGGAGGUCCAGCUGAAGAAGGACGUGGAGGAGACGGCGCCACAAAAGAAAUUCAUGAACAAUAAAGAGAAGAAGAAGAAUCUGUCCAGGAUGAAGAGGAAGUGGAAGAAGGCUGAGGAGAAGCUGGAGAAGGAGUUGUUGGAGGUUGAGGCGUCAGAGAGCAAAGAGAACAAGAUAAAGUUGCACACAGAGACUCUGAACAUCGUCUUCCUCAUCUACUUCAGGAUUUUGAAGAAAGCUCAGAGGUCUGUUCUACUUCCUGCUGUUCUGGAGGGACUGGCCAAUUUUGCUCACCUGAUCAACCUGGAGUUCUUUGACGACUUGCUCAGCGUGCUGCAGAACCUCAUCCAAUCAGGGGAUCGGACGAAUCGGGAGAGUCUUCACUGCAUCCAGACCGUCUUCACCAUCCUGUCAGGACAAGGUGACGUCCUGAACAUCGACCCUCUCACCUUCUACUCUCAGCUCUACAAGAUGCUGCCACGGCUGCACGCAGGGGCACCUAAUGAUGACAUCAUCAUCCUGCUGCGGUGUCUGGACACUAUGUUGAUUCGCCGUAGGAAGCAGGUCACCCUGCAGAGGGCAAUGGCAUUCAUCAAAAGACUGAGCACACUCAGUCUGCACGUACUGCCCAACGCCAGUGUGGGGAUGCUCGCUGCCAACAGAGCCACCAUGCACGUGAGUGUGUGUGUGCGAGAGAGAGAGACAUAGACCAUUGUUCAUCAA